AUGGGCCAGACGAGCCGGCGCCUUCGGACGGCCGCGGGAAUCCUGUUCGCUCUGGUGGUGGUCUCCCUUCUCAGCCUGAACCUGGCACGCACUCUGCGGACCCGGAAGCAGGACAGCCAGCCACCGGUGUCUCCCAGCGUGAUGGGCGUCUUCUCCCGGUGGGGCAUCGUCGGACACCACGAAUGUGGCAACACUACCAGGAACAUCCUGCGUCAGAACGGCACCGUGGGUGACGUGGCCGUAGCCGCGACCCUCUGCAUGUGCGUCGCCCUGCCCAACCGCUGCGGAAUCGGAGGAGGCCUGUACGCUAUCUACUACAGCGGGCAAGCCCAGCAGGCCAUUGUCGUUGAUGGACACGAAACGGCCCCGGCGGCCGCCAAUUGGAAGACCUACGAGGGCACUGGCCACACGCUGAACGCCAUGUACGUAGGCGUGCCGGGACAGAUGGCCGCCCUGGAGACGAUCCUCAACGUGACCGGCACGGCCGUGCCCUGGCCCAACCUCUUCGCCGACGCCAUAGCCCUGGCACGCGACGGCUUUCCGAUCAGCCCCGAACUGGCAGCCAUUAUCGCCUCCAAGCCAGAGAUCGGCUCCAGCGCACUGCGCGACAUCUUCUGGCGGGACGGACGACCACUGAAGGCAGGCGAGACGCUCGUGCAGAGGGCGCUGGCCGCAACGCUUCACGGUCUCUCGCAGAGGAAGGCGUCCGUCUACGAGGGCCCGUUGGCUGCGGUUCUCGCCGGAGACCUACACGCUGAAGGGGGCUUGCUGACGGAGAAGGACUUGGCCUCCUAUCGGGUGAACGUCACAAUGCCCGUUGCCUUUGCGCUGCCCAAAGGUCACACGCUGCUUGCGCCCAGACCACCUGCUGGAGGACUCUACCUGGGACUGGUGCUCGGCGUAAUGGGCCACUUCGUGCACCCGGACGGCUCGCUAACCGACGACAGUUCGACGGCGCAUCGGUUCGUCGAGUCGCUCAAGUUCGCCUUCAGUCGACGCAACGUGCUCGCGGACCCGCAGUUCGCCGACAUAGACGGGAUUGUGACCGAGGCUACGUCACCUGAGACCGUCGCCACGAUAGCGCGCAUAAUCAACAGUCGCAUGGGUCCUUCGGCGGAGCCCAGCUACUACGGAUCGCCCUUCCACGGCUCGCUGGGAGCGGGCACCGCUCACUUCGGAUUCCUCGCGCCAAAUGGGGACGCCAUUGUAGUGUCCUCGUCGCUCAACUCGUGGUUCGGCUCGAUGGUGCUGUCUCGAAGCACAGGCGUCAUAUUCAAUGACGUCAUCCGAGACUUCGACUUGCCGUACGAAGUCGACCGGUACAACCUGUCAAAGACGCCACGCAACCAGGUGUCCCCUGGACACAGGCCUCUGUCUACGCUGACUCCAUCGCUGGUGGUACGAGACGGGUACGGAGUUGCCAUGGCCGUCUCUGGUAGCGGCGGUGGACGAACCAUUUCUGGCAUAGCCCAGGUGGUGAUGCGUGAGCUGUGGAUGGACCAGACGUUGAAGAGAGCCGUCGAUUGGGGUCGCCUGCACCACCAGUUCAUACCGGACACGUUGUACGCAGAGAGCACCGUCAGUCGCGAGAUUGUGGACACGCUCAAGUUCCUCGGCCACAAGACGGAGGUCCAGGGCACGUGGCCUAGCGACGUCAUGGCCAUGGCACGCCGCUUCGGCGAGGGAAACAGCGGCGACCGCAUCUACGCUACCUACGACUUUCGGCGACAGACCAACAACUUCGUGGACGGAGAAUGA